CGCGACCCCGCCGCCCGGCACCCCCGGGCCAUGCGGCCUCGGCCCCGCCGGCGCCCGCCGCGCACCCGGAGCCAUGAGGCGCCGCCACGGCACCGUCCUGACGCUGCUGCUGCUGUCGCUGGGCGCGCUGCUGUCCCUGUCCUGGUACGCCGCGCUCGGCGGCCCCCGAGGCGACGUGGUGGACGUGUACCAGCGCGAGUUCCUGGCUCUGCGGGACCGUCUGCAUGCGGCGGAGCAGGAGAGCCUCAAGCGCUCCAAGGAGCUCAACCUGGUGCUGGACGAGAUCAAGCGGGCCGUGUCUGAGCGGCAGGCGCUGCGGGACAGCGACAACCGCACCUGGGGCCGCUUAACCGAGGACCCGCGACUGAAGCCGUGGAAUGUCUCGCACAAGCACGUGUUGCACCUGCCUACGGUCUUCCACCACCUGCCGCACCUGCUGGCCAAGGAGAGCAGCCUGCAGCCUGCAGUUCGUGUGGGCCAGGGUCGCACCGGAGUGUCGGUGGUGAUGGGCAUCCCCAGCGUGAGGCGCGAGGUGCACUCGUACCUGACCGACACGCUGCACUCGCUCAUUUCCGAGCUCAGCCCGCAGGAGAAGGAGGACUCGGUCAUCGUGGUGCUGAUCGCCGAGACAGACCCUCAGUACACCUCCAUGGUGACCGAGAACAUCAAGGCCUUGUUCCCCUCAGAGAUCCAUUCCGGGCUCCUGGAGGUCAUCUCCCCUUCCCCCCACUUCUACCCCGACUUCUCCCGUCUCCGAGAGUCUUUUGGGGACCCCAAGGAGAGAGUCAGGUGGCGGACCAAACAGAACCUGGAUUAUUGCUUCCUCAUGAUGUACGCGCAAUCCAAAGGCAUUUACUACGUGCAGUUGGAGGAUGACAUCGUGGCCAAGCCCAACUACCUGAGCACCAUGAAGAACUUCGCACUGCAGCAGCCCUCGGAGGAGUGGAUGAUCCUGGAGUUCUCUCAGCUGGGCUUCAUUGGGAAGAUGUUCAAGUCCCUGGACCUGAGUCUGAUCGUUGAGUUCAUCCUCAUGUUCUACCGGGACAAGCCCAUCGACUGGCUCCUGGACCACAUUUUGUGGGUGAAAGUCUGUAACCCCGAGAAGGAUGCGAAGCACUGUGACCGGCAGAAGGCCAACCUGCGGAUCCGCUUCAAGCCCUCCCUCUUCCAGCACGUGGGCACCCACUCCUCCCUCGCCGGCAAGAUUCAGAAACUGAAGGACAAGGACUUUGGCAAGCAGGCCCUGCGAAAGGAGCAUGUCAACCCGCCUGCCGAGGUGAGCACCAGCCUCAAGACGUACCAGCACUUCACCCUGGAGAAGGCCUACCUGCGGGAGGAUUUCUUCUGGGCCUUCACCCCCGCUGCCGGGGACUUCAUUCGCUUCCGCUUCUUCCAGCCCCUGCGCCUGGAGCGGUUCUUCUUCCGCAGCGGGAACAUAGAGCACCCGGAGGACAAGCUCUUCAACACCUCGGUAGAGGUGCUGCCUUUUGACAGCCCCCAGUCGGAGAAGGAGGCCCUGCAGGAGGGCCGGGCCGCCCUGCGGUACCCCCGGAGCCCGGACGGCUACCUCCAGAUCGGCUCCUUCUACAAGGGCGUGGCCGAGGGCGAGGUGGACCCCGCCUUUGGGCCCCUGGAGGCUCUGCGCCUGUCCAUCCAGACUGACUCCCCGGUGUGGGUGAUCCUGAGCGAGAUCUUCCUGAAAAAGGCCAAUUAAGAAGCCAAGAAGCCGGGGACCCCCUGAGGGCGUGGGCUGUUACCCACCCACCCACCACUGGGGGGCUGGUCCCAGUCGCUCCUGGAGGGCGGGGCGCAGCCAACUGGGGUUUAGCCUGGUGCCCCCCACCCCACGGCCGGCCUGGGGUUGCCGCUGGCCCGGAGGCCCCAAGGAGCUGGUGCUGGCCCGACCCCCUGGGCCACGGUCCCCACACUGUGCCUGAGGCCGGCGUGUGCUGCCGGAACCGAACCGAACCGGAACGUUCGCCCCUGCCGGCCAGCUGGAGCAGGGCGGGUUUUUCUCCGGAUGAGCUUUUUUUUCCCGGGCUGUCCCUGGCGCGAACACUGGAAUGCAUAUACUACUUUCUGUGCUGUGUUUUUUAUUCUUGGAUACAUUUGAUUUUUUCACGUAAGUCCACAUAUACUUCUAUAAGAGCGUGACUUGUAAUAAAGGGUUAAUGAAG